ACGAUAUCGAUGUCUAUUCAAGAGUACAAAGUCGUCCUCGCCGGUGAAUUCGGAUCUGGUCGCUCGACCUUCGCCUCUCGCUUCACCAGCGGCAAGAGCGCAACGAAGAAGAUACCGGCGAUCAAAACUGAGAUCAUCCCGGUCAAGAUCUACACCUCUGCCGGCUCCGUCACCAUCACUCUUUACGACACGCUCGUUCACGCCAAGGGAGGACUGCCUGAAGAUGCUUUCUUCCGUACAGCCAGCGCCGCUCUGCUCUUCUUCGACACGACCAAAAAACUGUCAUACGAAAAGGUGUCGGUUUGGUACGAGGCUCUGCAGAAGGCAAACGGGAGGAAGGGGUCGGAACCGCUGCCAGUUAUUCUCGUCGGAACCAAGGUCGAUGAUGUGAAGAACCGAGAAGUGAAGCCGGAAAGCAUUGAUUUUGCUCAAAAGCUCAACUUGCCUUACAUCGAGAUCUCGUCCAAGGCCAACUACAACGUCAGAGAGCUCCUCCUGAAGAUCAUCAAGUCACUUCUCGGCGCAUCAGUGCAACUCACCGACAAAGUAGAGCUCGAAGAACCGUCGGCCGAAGUCGACCCAGCCGUGCAGGAGGAGGCGGAAAAGGCUUAUGCUGACGCAGCCAAGUAAGUCCCAAAGAGGUUUGGGUAGAGCGAGUGGAGGUGACGAG